GUGAAAGGCGGGUGAAAAGAAAACCGUUAUAAAGAUUAGAGACGUUCGCGUAACCGUCAUCAACGUCUACGAAACAAACAAUAUUAACGUCUUUCAGAAAUCAGAAUUCAGAUCCAAGUUCCAUUUCUAGAACGAGUCUCUUCUUCUUCUUCUUCUUCGCGCAAUCGAGGACGCUACGAGUGAAAUCAUGAGUGAAUUGACUUCAGUAUCAAACGAGAGUCCUCGGCGAUCUCUGAGCAUUCAACUUUCUUCCAUGAUUAUCGUCGAUUGCACUUUACCCUACGACAAACUUCCUUCCCAAAAUCUCACUCUCACUGUCCUCAAAUUGGAUUCUUCUUCCUUCCAGGUUGAAGUUGCGAAAACCGCAACUGUUGCAGUCCUGAAGCAGGCAGUGGAGGCUGCUUUUAGACACAAACCGGAGAAAAUAUCCUGGCCACUUGUUUGGGGGCAGUUUUGUUUAUGCUAUGAAGGACAGAAGUUAGUUACAGAAACGGAUUAUCUUAGAGAUUAUGGUAUCAAGGAUGGUGAUCAGCUUCGAUUCAUUCGCCAUGUAUCCAAUGUCUGUAAUUUUCAAAGAAAACCGAAGAAACGAACUGUCAAUUUGAAACAACAUGGGAGGUGCAGGUCAUUGUCACAAGUGAAUAGAUGUCUACUGACAGAAAAUGGUGAUGAAGACAACAUUGGUUUAGAUAGUAUAGUCAUAGAAAGUGGGAAUAUCCAGGAUUGCAAUGCAGAAGAAAAUCGCCUUGGAGUAAGCAGCAGGUUAACUGGAUAUUUGGGAGGGAUGUUCUCAGAGGCCCGGAUGGCAGUUGUGAGAAAAGCUAGAUUGGAAGGUGGGAUUUCCAAGGGUAUAGCCAGCAGUUUUAAGAAGGUUAAAGGGAUUGUAGGCCAUUGCAGAAAGCCGCAUCGAAGACACGCAUGGACAGAGUCUCCAGGUUGAUGAUUUUAUUCUCUUGUAAAUGCAGCACUGUUAAGGGAUUUUAUUCUGCCACAAAUACUGUGGCUCAUUGUCAUUGUCAUGUUAGUAUUACUGUACAGAUUAUUCUUUUUCAUGUACAGAUAAGAAUUGGUUUUGUCUUCUGGAAAUUGGUUGGUUUGCUAGAAAAAGAUAAAAA